AUGGUCAAUUUAUACCUACUAUUGGCAGGAUUUGCCAUUGCCUACUUGGGGUUUUUGACAGUACUCAAUUUAAUCCCCCAUUUAACUAUUAAAUAUAUUGGACUUUUCUCGUUAAGAGGGAUAACUAUUGAUACAAAAAAAUCAACCAUCUAUAUCCGGAAACUAUCCUUAAAAUUUAACAUAUUUAAAACAAAUAGAACAUCGGGAUAUAAAUUGGUUAACCUUGAAAUUGUCGAUGUUUCCAUUACACUUAAGGAGACACCGGCUGAUGGUGUCACAAUAAAAGCAAAACCAAAAAGUAAAAGAAGAAUUGAAGAGAUUUCCAUUGCUGAUGAAUUACAUUUCAAAGUACCUAAAAUUGUUUAUGAUUAUUUAUGCGAAACAAAAAUCAUCAAUAGAAUCAAUAUCCAUGUAUUCAGAUGUUCAAUUCUUCAUAAGAAAUUGCUUGGUGAUUAUGUUGCUUUUCUCGAUUAUGUCCGAUUUGAUUGUCAAGUUGAAAAAGAUAGUCAAACAAGAUUUACCAUCACACUGUUUAAUGGGUUGAUAUUUGAUAAGAAUGAUAAAUCAAAUAAAGUUAGUUUAUUCAGAAAUAUUGAAUUUUAUAUCAAUUGUCAAACUAUAACUUCCUGUGGUAUGAAUAAAGAUGCAAAUAAGAUUUUCGUUUACUUGUCUGAUUUUAGAACUUCAUUGUCUAUUGGUAGAUUAAACAUCCCACUUGAUUAUUUCCAUAAACCUGAUAAAGUUAAAAAACAAGUUGAUAUUUCUGAAGAUCCAAUCUCCACUAAAGUUAUUGAUGUCAUUAAGUAUGAAGGAAUAUUACGUGAUAUUAUGGAAGUUUAUGCUACAACUGAAAUCAGAUUGGAAGAUUUUACUUUAUCCCAUCAUAAAUUAAGUGCCAAUUUAUCCAAUUUUGUCUUUUCUCUUGAUAAGAUUGAAAAAGAUGAUGACACUUCAAAUCUCAAGUUGCUAUUAUAUCUUACUUCAUUUAAAUUUUACCACAAAGGUACCAAAUGUUUGGAAUUACCUUCAGCUAAUAUAACCUAUGAAGUCUGUCCACUACAAUUCCUUAAAGUGGCUCAGUCCCUACUUUCUCAUGAUAGAUCUUCAGAUGAGACAAUUAAUUUCGAUGCCAAUAUUACCAUAACUGAUCCAAUUGUUGAUCUUUACUAUGACCAACAAGAUAUUAUUUUAUUGAUAUUAAGAGAUAAAAUGAUGAAACGACGAAUGAAACAAAUGAGUCAUGCCACUGGUGUUCAUGAAAAGGAAAGUAUUUUAUUGAAAUUAGAUAUAGCGUCGGGGUUAUUACGUGCCGUAUCAAAUAAAUUAACUAUUGUUAAUACCCAAGUGAAUCUUCAUGUACCUCCAUUGGAUGCAAAUGAUGGUGCUAAGUUUAAUAGAUAUUCAAAGGAUAAUUUGAAAGUUACAUUUGGAAUCCUGGAACUUGCAUUUAAAGUUUUUACUAGACAUAGAAAACUUUCAGUUACCCAACAGAAAUCCUUCUCUACAUUUAAUGUUUUGUUUAAAUUCAAAAAUGCAAGGCUUGAAGGUGAAGGGAAUAGAUUCCAUUUCAAUAAAGUUAAUUUAUUAGCAGCAUAUGAUUUGAAUGAAAAAAAUGUUGCUGUGAAGUUUUCAAGUAAGAGUCUUGAAUUAAAAUCAGUCAAUGAUUUAAUUUUCCAUUUGGUCAGACAAUUCAGAAACCGUCAACGUCUUCAUUUCAACAAGAAAUAUGAAGAAUGGAGAGCUGCCACUGCUGGUUCUUUUGUUGGAAACACUACUGCAACCAGUUCACGUGCACGUGAAUUGAAAAAUUUACAUGGCCACGAAUCAAACAAAGCAACACCCGAUAAGCAAUUUAAAGAAAUAUUCAAAAUCUUGCCUCAUUUUGUUUCUUCGGUUAAGGUUGAUAUUUCAAAUAUUGUAUUCGAUAUGUGCAUUAAAGAUGGAUUGCCACAUCAUAAACUUUUUGAUGAUGAUCUAGAUAAAGAAAUCGAUUUAGCUGAUUUUAGAAGAGGUAUGUCGAUGAAGAUUGCUAAUAUUCAAUUCAAAUAUAAACUUCAAAAGGAAUUUGUUGAAGUUAAAGUUGAGAAUUUACAAGUUUUCACAUUAAGUGAAUACGCAUCUGAAUUUAUCAAAGAUUUUGAUAAAGUAACAGAAGUUCAUGGACAAACAAGUGAUACUGAAAUUAGUGAUUUAUCAAGUAUCGAUUCCUCUCCUUAUCUUAAUGAGGGAGAUCCUGGUGAUGUUGCCGACGAUGCAACUGCAAGAGUCAAGAAUGUAUUGGCAAUUCCUGAAAUUCAUAUUGUUAAUUCUUGUCGACAAGAAGAUAAAGAUCCAAAUAAGUUGACAUUGACUAUUCCAGAAGUUGAAAGGUAG